UGAAGCGCCAUCCAAAAAAUUAUCGGUUAUGGACAAUUUCUGUUAUUCGCAAUCGAAUGUUACAUCCAUAUCUCUCUACUAAUGAUAUCAUUGGACCACCUUAAUCAUCUAUCUCCCUUCUCUCUCUUCCUCUUCUUUUUUUAUCGGAAGUUUAGCUAGAACGUGCAUCUUACCCCGAGCAUUUCUGGCUCAACCAACCACAAAGUUGCUUUGUCAAUUAUAAGAAAAUCUUGGAACUUCUCUGCACUCCUUUUAUCUCUCUACUGCUUUUUUCUUUGUUGAUAAACGCUAUCUCCAAUAUACGUUCGCCCAAUCGGCAUUAAGGACAAAUAGUCCAUUCAACACCUACUUCAUAUCCUGAACACCUAAUUUAAAAUCGCAAUGAGUUGGAUUGACGAAACUCAGAAUUAUCAAAACCAUACCCUCAUUGUCUCAACCGAUGAUCUCAAAUCGCAUAACCAAGUUAUUAUCUUGAACUCAUGUGGAUUUGCCUUUGCUUGCUGUUUCAUUUUCUUGAACGCAAGGAUGGCCUGGGCCUCACCAAAACGCAUUUUCAUUCUCAAUCUCUUUCAAUCCCUAUGUGCGGCUAUGGGCCUAUUCUCCUUGGGUAUCUUCAAUCAAGUAGCCUAUCCUCAUUCAUGCGCAACAAUGAUGUUUUUCAACAUUUUUGGUACAGCAUUAUGCAUUGGUUUAUGUCAACUAGUGUGUGUCGAGCGACUGGCAACCAUUGUCAAUCGAAAGUGGGUGUGGGGUAUAUCCUUGCCACUCAUUUGUAGUCAUAUAGUACUCUAUUGCUACAUGUAUCUGACCGAAGAGUAUUCAAUUGACCAGUGGGGCGCUUGCUCUAAUCCCGACCGUCGUGAAUUCGUAAUCGCCUAUAUGUGCCUAACUAUCGCCACAGACGUCUACAUUAGUGGUCACUUUAUCUACACUCUAUGGGCAUAUCUCUACCGAGCACGGAAACUUGGAUCAGAAAGUGGAAUGCAAGGCUAUUUUAAAGAACUAGUCGAUAUUAGUCUGUACUGCGCUUUGAUCAUGAAUGUAUCAGCAAUUAUCUAUUGGGUUGUCCUUCUCACAAAUUCUUACGGCGACAUGUACUUCCUUAUCUUCGUCUUGAUUGUCCUCACGCCUUCCGGAACCACUACUUACUUGUGUUGGAGGGUGACACAUCUCAAAUCGAAAAUGAGACUUGAGUCUCAAGAUCAUUCCUCAACCCAGCGUCAUACUUCCCCUCAUUUACCACACAAUUCCGUACGAUCGGGAGACGAUUUUUACGUUUUGGAAGAUCAAACAGGCUCAAGAAAACAUCGUGAGCCUAGAAUGUACGUAAUGGAAGAUCAAGUCACUCCACCACAGAGAGCUCGUUCCCCUAGAUUAUAGAUCUUAUGCUCUCCGAUCAUGCCACAUCCCACCACAUAUGCAGCUUUGUAGUUACAGACAUAUUGCACGGUAUCAUACCAAUAAAUUAAACUCCAUGGGUGCAUACCCAGCCUCACCCCAUUUGUUCGAUUGCCAUCAACAGGUCCAUAUCCUGAAGUUUGUUCGUCAGACUUCGGAUUUUGAAUACUACAGCGGCA